CACAGGGAGAUUUUCAUUGAAUAUCAUUGCCUCUGAUUGCACAUCUCCAUUAUUUCUGCAAACAAUCGUUUGGUUAGGAGGAUGAAUUUUCUGCUACGCUCUGCAUCGUCGACGCAACACGCAGUGCCAGAGCAGGAAUCUCCUGCGGCCACAAGCUUUUUACCGAAACCUAGGACAACCUUGGAAAAUCUUAUCGCUGAGGAUACGUAUCCGCGGUAUUCGACGGCUGACGAUCGUGAUGGAGGGACCGAAAGUUUUGAAAUUCAAAAUGGCGGCAGCAUUGAAGGUUUUAGUGAGAACAAUGACUCUCGUGCUGUAGAGAACCACACCGAUGUUUCUGAAGAAGAAGGAUGGAUCACCAUUCCUUGCAAGGAACUCCCUGAUAACUGGUAUGAUGCACCGGAUAUUCAUUCAUUAUGCUCACUGGACCGCUCCUUUGUUUUUCCUGGCGAACAAGUACAUGUCCUUGCAUGCUUGUUAGCAUGUAAGCAGGAUACAGAAAUUAUAACACCAUUUAAAGUUGCUGCUGUGAUGAGUAGAGGUAGAGGACAAAGCCCUGAGAAAAAAAAAGGAAACAAUGAAAACAUAAUGAAUUCAGUGGCUGUAGAUAGGGAAGCAAGUCCUGAUAGGCAAGUUACGAAUAGGAAUGAUGAAAACUCAGCAGAAAAGAAGAUGGAUUUACAAAAAGAUAUUUUAGCCAGUGCAUCAUUGCUUAGAAUGGAAGAUCACAAAAGACAAACUGAAACAUUGUUGCAAAAAUUCAAGGACUCCCAUUUUUUUGUUAGAAUUGCAGAGUCAGGUAAGUCAGUUUGGUCGAAGAAGAGUUCUCCUGAGAUAUCUUUUGAAUUCUCUGGGACAGAUUGUCAAAAGUUUGGCGCAUAUAGAACCAAAAAAGCUAUAAAAACCACGUCUCAUAUCACUGCAGGUAUUGAUAGACAAAAUUUUGAUGCCAAUGCCUGUGGUGGAGUGGCAAGAAAUUUGGUGAAGUGCUGUUCACUUUCUAAUGGGGAUAUAGUGGUGCUUUUACAAGUGAAUGUUGGUGUUGAUUUCUUGAGAGACCCUAUCAUUGAAAUUCUUCAAUUUGAGAAAAAUGGGGAUCAAAAACUGUAUUCUGAGAAGGUGGACGACAACUCAAUGAAUGCAAAGUCUGAUCCAUGUGGAGAAUUACUAAAAUGGUUGCUUCCAUUGGGUAAAACUGUUCCUUCUCCAGCUCGAUCUUUACCUCGUCCUGCUAUGGGUCCUGCUACAGGAAUUGGCAGCAGUCAUCACAAGUCUUCCUCUUCCGGCCCUCAGCUGUUAUCCCAUCUUAGAAGUUAUUCUAUGUCAUCACUUCCUCAAAAUACCACACCUACUGUACCUGUUAAUGCCCAAAGAUCUAACCGAUCCUUUGAUUUUGAUGAUUGGGAUAAAUUCUCGUCUCAGAAACUGACUAAGGAUCAAAGAAAUAAAACUGAAGGGCUUUUAUCUUUUCGGGGUGUAUCAAUGGAGCAAGAAAGAUUCGCUGUUCGUUGUGGACUGGAAGGCAUAUAUGCUCCAGGAAGAAGGUGGAGGAGGAAACUUGAAAUAAUUCAACCUGUUGAAAUUCAUUCUUUUGGUGUUGACUGCAAUACAGAUGACCUUCUUUGUGUUCAGAUAAAGAAUGUUUCUCCUGCACAUACGCCUGAUAUUGUGAUAUAUAUAGAUACUAUAACAAUUGUCUUUGAGGAGGCAGCAAAAUGUGGACCUUCAUCAUCACUGCCAAUUGCAUGUAUCGAAGCUGGAAAUGACCACAGCUUGCCAAAUUUACCACUCAGGAGGGGUGAAGAACACUCUUUCAUUCUAAGACCAGCAUCUUCAUUGUGGACGGAUCACAAAUCUUAUGGUGAAAAAAGUUCUCGAUUGUCAAGUUUGCACCUUCCUUCCAAGACUUCGGAAGGAAAGAUGAGUGCUUCAACUGCUGAUCAUUUUGCAAUUAUGGUAUCUUGUCGGUGCAACUAUACUGAGUCAAGAUUGUUUUUUAAGCAACCAACAACUUGGCGGCCACGCAUCUCAAGGGAUCUCAUGAUCUCUGUUGCAUCUGAAAUGUCAAGACAUUUUUCUGAGCUGAAUGAUAGGAUCACACAGCUUCCAGUCAAGGUCUUAACUCUUCAGGCAUCAAAUUUGACAUCCAAAGAUCUGACUUUGACAGUUCUUGCUCCAACGUCAUCUGCUUCUCCAACAGUGGUGUCCUUGAAUGCUUACCCAUCAUCACCUUUGAGCCCCUUUCUUGGAUUUUCUGAGUUUGCAGGAAAAGUAAAUGAUGAGCGAUGUGGUAAUGCACCGCACGAGCUGAGCUCUGCACCUCUAGCAUCGGAGAAUCUGAAACAGAAUGGUGAUGGUGGAGUUUGGUCUAUGUUGCUUGAUAAACAGUCUUCUACUGUAUCAGACGUCAUACCAAAUACUGGUUUGGGUUGUACACAUUUGUGGUUGCAGAGUAGAAUUCCAUUAGGGUGUGUUCCUUCGCAUUCUACCGCUACCAUCAAGCUUGAGCUGCUUCCAUUGACUGAUGGCAUUAUUACACUUGAUACCUUACAGAUUGAUGUUAAGGAGAAAGGUGUUACCUAUAUCCCAGAGCAAUCACUGAAUAUUAAUACAGCUUCCAGCAUCUCUCUAGGGAUAAUUUAGUGUAUGGAUUUGAAGUCACAUUUCCAAUCAUGUUAGUAUACACAAAACACAGGAAAGAAAUGGGAAGAGCUAUCGACCAGCAUAUUCAGCAGCAAGGUAAAUAUGGUUUCCACGCCUGAGUUCCAUGGAUUGUGAUUUUGAUUUGUUAGAAAAGUAAAAUAGCCAGUUAUGGUAUCAUUGCCAGGUCUUUGUAAACAAUGAUACUGGGAAUCACAUUUCUUAUACACCAUUUAGUUGAAAAGAACAUGCACUUUUUGUGGAUGAAUGUGGUGUGAAUUUUACUCUAUACUACUGCUAAAUUACAGCAGAGUGAAAUCACAAUAACCUGUUGUCCCACAUUGAGUUUGUAGGAAAGUGCUAGUCUUAAUUCUGUUAUGGUUAGAGCUCAUAAUCAUUUUGUCGUAAAUUAUGUGCAUUUUCUAUC